AUGAUCAAAUUUCCUUUACCACAUGAAAAGAAACUUCCUCAUGAUAUUUCAAUAAGUCGUCCACCAGUUAAUAGUGAAAAUUCAUUAAUUGUUGAUCGAAUAAGUGGUUCACUUAUUGGUUUAGCAAUUGGAGAUGCUCUUGGUGCAUGUGUAGAAUUUCGAUCCAAUGAAUAUCUUAAUUUAAAUCCCGUUGAAGAUUUUAUGUCUGGUGGUAUGUGGGAAUUAACAGCAGGUCAAUGGACAGAUGAUACAUCAAUGGCAUUAUGUCUUGCAUCAUCAUUAUUAACAAAUCAUGGUUUUAAUCCAUAUGAUCAAAUGGUUCGUUAUAAAUGGUGGUAUAAAUAUGGAUAUUUAUCAUCAACUGGAAAAAGUUUUGGUAUUGGAAAUGCAACACGUCAAGCAUUAGAAGAAUUUCAACGUCGUCAAAAUCAAUUGAAAAAAAAACUUAAUGUAAAACAUGAACGUGAAGUUGAUACACUUUCUCAAGAUUAUAUUGAACAAAUUAAUUUUGAUGUUAAUUGUAGUGAACGAGAUGCUUUUGGAAAUGGUGCACUUAUGCGUAUUGCUCCAAUUCCAUUAUUUUUUUAUCGUGAACCUUCAUUAGCUAUUGAAUUAGCAGGUCGAAGUGCUCGUUUAACACAUGAUAAUGAUUUAAAUGUUGAUGCAUGUCGUUAUUUUAGUGCAUUAAUUGUUGGUGCUAUAGCAGGUUUAUCAAAAGACAAUCUUCUUAGUAAAAGAUUUUAUGAUAUUCAUCGACAUUGGUUUGGAACAAAAGCUCUUCAUAAUGAUAUUAUUAAUAUUCUUAGUGGAUCUUUUAAACGAUCAAAUGGUUAUAAAGAUGGAAUUCGUGGUCAUGGACAUGUUGUUGCUUCACUUGAAGCUGCACUAUGGGCUUUUUGGAAAGGAAAAUCUUUUAAAGAAGGUGUUCUUCUAGCUGUCAAUCUUGGUGAUGAUACUGAUACAACAGCUGCAAUCUAUGGACAAUUAGCAGGUGCAUAUUAUACUUAUCAAAAUAUUCCACGUCAAUGGACACAACAAUUAUAUGCUAAUUCAUUAAUUAUGUCCAUUUCUCAAUGGUUACAUUUUUCGGGUUAUAGACAAAUUGAACAACCAAAACAAAAAGAUAAAGAUAAAGAUAAAGAUAAACAUAUUAUUAUUCCAAUUAUUAUUCCAACACAAAAACCUAUUUAUAUACAAAGAACAUUGGUCAAUUGA